AUGUUUCGUUCAAGAACGAGCGCGCGGAAGCCUGAUGAUGAGUUAUUGGCAGACUUCAGACAGCAGUUCCCCGAGGUCUCUGCCGGAGUCACAGAGUCUGCCGCCCCUGCCAUCUCUCAGGCAACCACUGCCGUCUUUCAACCCAUCAUCAAUGCACCAGUCAAUGAGAGAGCACAUAUCGAAACUGCAGCCUUUCGAGACAUGGACCCUACGCCGCGAGCUGUUAAUGAUCCUUGGCGAUUUACACCCUCACUCCUCGAUGCCAAUGCCUUUACCUUCAAUUCUCUCACACCAGGCGUUGCCAACGUUACAAGUGUUGCUGGCGUUCCAGGCAUUCCAGGCGUGACAGGAGUCCCAGGUCAUCAAGCAUACUAUCCUCCUACACCUGGAGGAUCAGGCACCUUGCUUCCUCCUCAUGCAGUUGAGAUAGUGCCCUCUUCCGCAAUGGCUAUAACCACUGGCUUAGAAACCCCCCUAUCGAUACCGACGACACUCGACAUCAUCCAGCCAAGCAUUGAAGUUCCCAACUUGGCAGGAUUCCCUACAAUAGAUACACUUCCGAUCGCCCCCUAUGAGGCCUUCGUCCAGGCACCACACCCGCAGCAAGCUUUCGUACAAACCGGCGUACCGACCGAGUUCGUACAUCACGAUACGGGUUACGAGACGAUGGACCAUGAUGGAUCUCCAAUGGACUCGGAUCCGUCAGAGGAACGAAUCCCGACGAUUGCCUCUGCGCUGCACCCGCAGCAGCUAAUAGGAAUUCCAAUCUCCCAUCCUCUCCCCGCAUCUGCUGAGAAAUUUCGAUUUCACUCAACGCUGAAUGCCCCUACAGCUAUGGUAAAGCAUUCCACUGAGAUCCCAGUGACUUACUUGAACAAGGGGCAAGCCUAUACGUUAUCCAUCGUCGACACAGGCACAGCAGUCCCUAUCAGCCCUGGUACUAGAUACAGGACAUACGUGCGCAUAUCCUUUGAAGACGAGCAGCAGCGACAGAAACCAGGCAUUUGCUGGAGCUUGUGGAAAGAGGGCAGGGGAACAAACGAGGCUCAUCAAAGAGGUGGUCGUUUACAAGCUGUCGAGUACGUCGAAGCUGGCCAACCCGCCGAAGGCGAUGACAAGAGAACGCGGGUUGAGCUGGAAUCUUCGUCGUUUGACGGCUUCUCCGUCGUAUGGACGCCCGGUUUGAAUGGUGCCGCCGAAGUCAACAUCCCUGUCCGCUUCAACUUUCUCUCGACCGACUUCAGCCACUCGAAAGGUGUCAAGGGCAUUCCUGUACGCCUCUGUGCCAAGACCAGCAUUUUCUGUUCGGAUCAGUUACCGUCGCCUCCAGAUGCAGCCCCUGAGACAUGCUAUUGCAAAGUCAAGCUGUUUAGGGACCACGGCGCUGAACGAAAGCUCUCCAACGAUGUUGCCCAUGUGAAGAAGUCGAUUGACAAGCUCAAACAGCAGAUUGCGCAAGCUGAGAGUGGGAUGAAGGAAUUCAAACGGAAGAGAUCGGGAGCUGUGGCAAAGGGAGGAAUACCCGCCAAGCACAAGCACAAGAGAACUUGGUCCAUGUCCUCGGCCAGCUCUGCUGGUGGUACAGCCCCCCGCUUGACAUUGGAGGAUGAUUUGCAUUUCAAGUUGCAGACACUUCAAGAUAUGUUCACGAGCACGCGGCCCGUGAGUGUUUUGUAUCUACGGGGCGAUGAACUCGACGACCCCGACCUGCAUCCUGUAUCGCUACAGGGCGAAUCAUUGCCGGGCAAGGCAGACUUUUUGCGUGAAGGGAGCAAUUGGCAGGCUCGUAGCACACACAGCUCCGUUGCCGGCUCGUUGGUGUCCCCCUCCCCAAGCUCACUCUCUCUAGCAUCUCAAGCAUCUGCCAUUGGCCCCGGAUUGCAGUGGCAGAAUUUUGAUUCUACUGGAGUCAAGAGGGUUGAAAACCCCACUACGAUCAGCAAAACGGAGGAAGACGGAACUUUAAGUGGAUGGAUCGAGGCUCUAGGUGUCGACCCGACUUAUCGACCUCCGCCUGAGCGGCCAGCCAAACCGGUGGCUUGCUUCUACAUUGCUUAUUCGGGAAGGGCAGAGGCAGGAAAGAAGGAGUACCACAGGGCCAUCUAUCUUUCAUCGCGCACGCUCCGGGAACUCAACGGCCGGAUCGCCGCCAAGUGGGGACUCGACGCAUCUCUCAUAGUUCGCACCAUUCAUGUGACGAAGCCGGCCGGUAUCGAGAUCGAAAUAGACGACGACUUCGUCCAGGAGUUGAGGGAAGGCCAGGACAUGCAGCUAGAGAUUGAGGAUGUGGUUGAACAGCCAAGCAUCAAACGAGAUUGGGAGAUGUCCAUUGACGACGGACCCGAAGGUCCUGCUGCCAUCCCGACAGGCCUGGCUCUCCGGCUCCUUUUCUAG